AUGGCUCCCGAUAGCAGCAGCACUGAGCCGCUGCGGCACAUCCGCAGGGUGCUAAUCGCUAACAGAGGCGAAAUUGCUGUCCGCUGCAUCAAAGCCUGCAAGGAGCUUGGCGUACACUGUAUUACCAUAUUUACCAAUGCGGAUACAACGUCGCUGCACGCAAAAUUGGCAGACGAAUCUGUCCUACUUCCCGGCGACAAUGGCACCGGAUACACUGACAGUGCUUCAAUUCUCGAAAUUUGCAAACGCGUGGGCGCGGACGCUGUUAUCCCAGGGUACGGCUUCCUCAGCGAGAAUGCCGAGUUUGCUGACGCCGUCACCGCCGCUGGUAUCGUCUUUGUCGGACCGUCAUCGGCAUCCAUUCGAGCCAUGGGCCUGAAACACGAGGCGCGGGCCAUUGCUGUGGCCGCCAACGUCCCCGUCAUCCCCGGAACAUCCCUUCUCGAGUCGGCUGAUGAUGCUUGCGUGGCGGCCCGCGCUCUAGGCUUCCCUGUCAUGCUCAAGGCCACUGGCGGCGGUGGCGGCAUGGGCCUGCAAGUUUGCCACACCGAGCAAGAAGUCACCGAUGCAUUCUCCGUAGUCAAGAGUCGCGGCAGCACUCUUUUCAAGAAUAGCGGCGUGUUCCUGGAGAAAUACUACCCCAGCUCCCGCCAUGUCGAGGUGCAGGUUGCCGGCAACGGGGAAAUUGUCGUGGCCUUUGGCGAGCGCGAGUGUUCGCUGCAGCGCAGACACCAAAAGGUCAUUGAAGAGUGUCCGAGCCCGUUCGUCGAGCGCCACCCCGGUAUGAGGGAGAAGAUGUGCCAGGCGGCGACCAACUAUGCCUCGCGGCUCAAGUACAAGAGUGUGGGCACGGUUGAGUUUCUCGUCGACGAUGAGACAGCCGACUUUUUCUUCCUCGAGAUGAACACUCGUCUGCAGGUUGAGCACGGCAUCACGGAGCUGUGCUACGGAGUUGACCUAGUCCAUCUUAUGCUGCGGCAGGCCGACCAUGAGCGGGCUGGUCGACUGGGCCUACACUCGGAUGAGCUUCAGAGGCUUGUGAAGCUGGAACCGCACGGCUGGGCGAUUGAAGGUCGUGUGUACGCCGAGGUGCCGCUGCGGAACUUUGCUCCGGCGCCGGGGGUCCUGCAGCAUGUGGGAUGGGCGGAAGGGGACGGUAUCCGAGUUGACACAUGGGUUAGCAGCGGGCAGAACGUCACCCCGUACUAUGAUCCUCUCAUCGCCAAAAUCAUGGUUCACAGCCCGGACGGACGGUCGGCCGCGCAGGCAACGAUGCUCAAGGCGCUGAACAAUAGCGCACUGCAGGGUACGCAGACCAACAUGGAAUAUCUCGCCAAGAUUAUAGCUUCUCCCAUGUUUGUCAACGGCCAGACAUUGACAAACUCGCUAUCAAACUUUCACUUUGAGAGCUGCUCUCUGCAGGUGCUCGACCCAGGUGUCCUCACCACUCUGCAGGACUACCCGGGUCGCGUCAAUGUCGGUCACGGCAUUCCUCCCGGUGGACCAAUGGAUGAUCUCAGCGCACGCGUCGCAAACAUCCUAGUCGGUAAUGAGCCCGGUGCGGAACUCUUCGAGAUUACCCUGGUCGGACCGGAGCUGUUGUUCCACGAGGCCGCCGUGGUGGCAAUCUGCGGCGCGGAAUUGCUGGUUACCCUGGAGGAGCAGACACAGCCAAUGUGGUCUCGGCUCAUUGUAGGAAAAGGCCAAAUAUUAAAGCUCGGACGCGUGGGAAAGGAUGGUACUCGCACAUAUCUUGCAGUCAAGGGCGGCUUCCCACAAGUAGCCGACUAUCUAGGGUCCAAGUCAACAGCCCCAGAGCUCGGCAUCGGUGGUGUUCAAGGCAGAAAGCUGCAAGCCCACGAUAUCCUCGCCCUCGACCCGCGGUCCGGGACCUGGGCAAAGCAGGCCUCUCCAUUGUCGCUACCGAAAGAAGGUCUGCCCAUCUUUGACUCUGACAGCGCAACAGUCAUCCGCUGCAUCGACGGCCCGUACGGAUCAGAGGACAUUCUCUCACCAAAAGGCCAUACCACGCUGUACGAAGCCGAAUGGUCCGUGAGCCACAACAGCAGUCGCAGCGGUGUGCGCCUGUCCGGUCCGCGACUGAAAUGGGCGCGCACGUCAGGCGGCGGGGGCGGAUCGCACCCGUCCAACGUCUUUGACUAUGGGUAUCCCAACGGCGGCGUCAACUUUACCGGCGAGUCGCCCAUCAUCUUUGCCCAUGACCGGCCUGGGCUCGGUGGAUUUGCGUGCCCGACGACGGUGUGUUCGGCAGAGAUGUGGAAGGUCGGACAGCUGAAGACGGGGAAUAAAGUACGCUUUCAGUCCAUUUCGUUUGACGAUGCCCUGCAGCUUUCAAAGAGCAAGGAGGGGUAUCUACAAGCCAUUAAAGCGUACUCAAACGGCGGCACUCGUACAAUUCCUUCUCCGCAUGUGGAAGUGGCCAAGGCACCAGCGUCAUCAAUCCUGCAUCAAACACCGGCAUCAGGCAGUCAUCCUAGGGUGACAUACCGUCAGGGCGGUGACACUGGCAUCAUUGUCGAGUACGGGGAGCAACUCCCAGAUUUGAGGAACACUGCUUGUGUUUACCUUCUUCUACAAGGACUCUCCCGUGCUCAGCUCCCUGGCGUUCGCGGCGAACCCAACUUUGCCACGCUCACCGUGCACUUUAACCAGCAAAGUACGCCCAGGGAGAGUCUCUUGGCACGACUCAUUCAGCUGGAUAGAGAAGCCGGCGAGAUCAGUGGCAUUCAAAUACCUGCAAGACAACUGAGGCUGCCGGUUUGUCUGGACCAUUCUUCGUUUGCCGAGUCGAACCAGAGAUACAUGGAGAAUAUCCGGCCGACCGCGGCUUACAUGCCAGACAAUGUGGAGUAUCUUCGGAAGAACAACGCUCUUGAUAGCCGUCAGGACGUGUUUGAUUCCAUUCUCAAGGCCCCAUGGCUGACCGUUGCCGUCGGCUUCUUCGUCGGGACGCCGAUCCUAUACCCGCUGGAUCCGUGGCGCGUCAUUACUGGCCAAAAGUACAACCCGACGCGUAUUUAUACACCGAGAGGUUCCAUCGGUCUCGGUGGCUCACUGGCGGCCAUCUAUCCUGUCGCCGCGCCGGGAGGAUACCAGCUCAUGGGCCGCACGCUAGGCGGCUGGGACGCCGCAGGCAACCGUCCGGGCUUCUCGCCAGACAAGCCUUGGCUGUUUAAUCAAUUCGACCUCGUCAAGUUUCAUCAGGUAUCAGAAGAGGAAUACACAAAAAUUGAGCAAGAUUUUGACGCUGGGCGAUAUGUGUUUGACAUUGUUGAAACAACCAUCAACAUGGACCAGUACAUUGCUCAGUUUGAUGAAGCGGCGCGGGACCCCAAGUACCAGGAAUGGAAGAGAAGAAAGGAGGUUGCCUCGAAGGAAAUGGCCGAGCUGGAGGAGAAAUUGUAUGAAGAGUGGGUAGAAGCAAAGAGACUGGCGACAGCGGACGCGAUCGAGCACGAGGGCGACGAGGAGUCGGAAAAUGUGGCUCUCAUCAAGUCGCCUGUGGAUGCCAAUGUCUGGAGGGUCCUUGUCAAGGAAGGUGAUGAGAUUCAAAAAGGACAGACUGUGGCGAUAUUGGAGGCUAUGAAGAUGGAGAUUAACAUCAUUGCUGGGGACAAGGAGGCUGGCUUUGUGGUGGCGGGGAUACCGCAGCCCCCAGGGAGCGUGCUGCGUGCGUUGCGCCCUCUGAAAAAAAUAUGGGCGGUCGGCCGCGAGUCCCCGUUGCGCCGUGCAAGUUUUGCAAGAGGGCAUUUAAACGCCAGGAACAUCUGGAUCGACAUUUACGGACGCACACAAGGGAGCGGCCCUUUCAAUGUGCUUGCGGUCGCAUGUUCUCCAGGCACAUCUGCCUCAUCUCUUUCGCCUCCCAGCUUGCCAGAGAAUACCAAUGAUAGGGCAUCUGCGCCAAGAUUCGGUGUCGCUGCCGACGUGGCUCUUGCCGAGGAUUCUCAACAGAAUUGUGCCAGUCCUGCCACUGACGAACGGCUGCCACAAGCCCUGUCGUACCUUCCCGUGGACAUGAGCCCCUCGGUUGAAGUGGAUUGGGGCCUACAUGCCAUGCAAACGGAAGCUUUCAGUCUCGAUGUUCUGCCCAACGAGGCAGAAGUGAUUGACAACUACUUCAUGGGCAUAUUUCAUCCGACCAAUGCAGACAUGGAUCCGUUGCUAAACACUACCAGUCUUACUACGGUGUCUGGAGCAUUGCCGAGCACGGCAAGUCCGGAUACAACGUCCUACGUGCAGACGAGGACGCCGGCUAUCACAAAUCGGAACUAUGCGUCUUCUACGACUCCGUCGACUACUACUCCACAAACAGCCAUGAGACAGAGCCCGAGCCGCAUUCCAGGACCGCUGGACGCCAUGGAGGAUGUUGCCGCCGCGAAUCCCUGGACCAUCUCCUCAUCCGCCUACGCGCGACUGCAGACCGAGGUCAACAAGUUCUCUCAUGUCCUGCCAGCUCCAUUCACCCUCCCCAGCCGGCCUAAACUAUCGCGAUUCAUCGCCAGCUGGAUGCGCGGCUACCACCCGCACCUGCCGUUCCUCCACAUCCCCACUGCCAACAUUGACACGAUGAAGCCGAUGCUGGUGCUCACCCUCGCCGCCACGGGCUCGUUUUACGGCUUCGAGCACACCGAGGGGUAUCCCAUGUACGUUCUCGCCAAGGCCAUGAUUACCAGCGAGUUGGAGAAACGCAGGGUCGGUGCCACACUUUGUCUACUCCACGGCCUCCCGCAGUAUGCGGAGCUCCCCACCGACCACUCCGCGUCGCCCAUCCGAGAGCCGGCGGCGACACACCACUCGUCACCGCAGCCUCCCGCGUUCGACGUCGAGCUCCUCCAGGCGUUGCUGGUGCUCAUCAUGACAAUGUCCUGGCUGGACGCACCGUUUGCGCAGGAAGCGCUGGCGAUGAGCAGCCAGCUGUCGACGCUCACGCGUGAGGCGCUGUCACAGGCACGGCUCGACGAUGACGACGACGCGAACGGGGGAAGCUGGAUAGACUGGGGCAAGGCGGAGGAGAGGAGGAGAAGCAUCUUUGCGGCAUACUUUACGCUCAACAUCCAGACCAUUUGCUUCAACGUGCCGCCGCAGCUAACCAACUCGGAGAUGAAGCUGCUACUGCCGUGCUGCGAGGCAGAAUUCCGAGCACCCAACGCCGACGCAUGGAAGAACAGCGUCCUCAACACCAAACCCAACAACACCCGAAACCGAGAUUACCAAGACUGCCUCGCGCAGCUCCUCGCCGGCAAGCCCCUCGAACCCGCCGCCGUCAUCUCCGAAUUUGGCAACUACCUGCUCGUGCAGAGCCUGCUGAUGCAGAUUUACCUCGAGCGCCAGGCCGUCUCGCCGCUCCUCGGCCCCUCACAGAACCUCCCCGCCGCCACCGUCGCCGUCUACGACCGGGCCCUCGCCGCCUGGCAGCAAUCCUGCUGGGACCCGGCCAUCGAGACGACCUCGCUCGACCCAUCCACCUCAGCCCAGGGCCCCGUCGCCUUCAACGCCGCCGCCGUGCUGCGUCUCGCACACGUGCACCUCGGCGCCGGCCUGCAGGCCCACUGCGAGCUGCUAACGCGGGACCCGCGCGCCCUCGCCGAAGCCUUUUCGCCGGUGCGGAACCCGCUGCUCCUUGAAUCCGCCGCCGCCCGGGCGGCGGCGGCGGCGCGAACAACAACAACAAAGACGGCAGUGCGGCAUGCGGUCUGCGCGCUGCGGAUCCCGGUGCGCGUGGGCAUUGCGUUCGUGGCGCGCGGUCGGACGGGCCAUUGGAGCGCGCAGCACGCGAUUAGCAAUUAUGCGUGCGCGCUGCUUCUGACGCACUGGCUGGACAGCAUGGCGAGGGUUGUUGCGGAGCAUCAUGGCGGCGACGACGACGACGGCGGCGGCGGGUUGGAGGCGGAGGAGAGGAUGCUGCUGGGGGCGGUAGAGCGGCUGGUGGAGGAGACGCAUCUGGAGUGCUCGCUGGGGCCGAAAGAGGAUGGCGGCCGCCCGUGUCCGGGGAGGAUGCGGCGGCUGAGCAUUGCGGCGCUGAGGCUCUGGGCGCAGACGUGCAAGGGCAUACAGGUGUAUGAGAUUGUGCACGUCGUGGGGGAGGCGCUCUCGAUAGCGGCUGACUCGAUCGAGAGGGGUUUGUAA